AUGGAGCCGCUGGUGCUGCUCAGUGCUCUGGUCACGCGGCUGCUCUUUGCGCUUCACUCGCUGGUGGGCGUCUGGCGGGUGACCGAGGUGAAGAAGGAGCCCCGCUUCUGGCUGCUGGCGCUGCUGCAUCUCCCGCUCGCCCUGGAGACGGCGCUCACUCUGAAGAGGCGCCGAGGCCGAGGCUACCCCGGGUUUUCACCCGCCAUAUUUUUCUAUCUGAUCAGCAUUGUGCCAUCGUUAUGGCUCCUGGAAAUGCAUCACGAGACCAAGUUUUGCAGUAAUCAGGGUGAAGGAGGGUCUCCAAAUGUCAAUAGCAAGGAGGACUUCAAUCAAACUCUGCUGAGUAAGAGCCAGAACACCGGCACUGAGGCUCUCCUGGAGACGGCCAAACAUUUUGUCAAUAAAUUAUCGGCUGUGUGUGAGAAAGUUUGGACUCUGGGACUCCACCAGACCUUCUUGUUAAUGCUGAUAGUUGGAAGAUGGCUUCUACCCAUUGGCGGUGGAAUCACACGGGACCAGCUAUCUCAGCUCCUUCUCAUGUUUGUGGGGACUGCGGCUGACAUACUUGAGUUUACUAGUGAGACCCUGGAAGAACAUAAUGUGAGAAAUAAUCCUGCACUUGUUUAUGCAAUUCUUGCCGUUUGGACCUGGAGCAUGCUACAGUUUCCACUUGACCUUGCAGUUCAACAUUUUGUCUGCCCGUCAUCCGUGAUAUCUAAGGGAUUCACCAGUUUGUUCUUCUGCCAGUAUAGUGCUGACUUGUGGAACAUUGGAAUCAGCCUCUUCAUCCAGGAUGGGCCUUUCCUGGUUGUUCGUCUCAUCCUGAUGACCUAUUUUGGAGUGAUCAACCAGAUGCUGGUGUUCUUUGCUGCGAAGAACUUCCUUGUUGUGAUGUUGCAGCUUUACCGCUUAAUUGUGCUGGUGCUGGAUGUGAAGGCCUCCUUGAGGAAGCAGCCUCAAAGCCUGAGAAGAGAGGAGAGCUUUCCAAGUCAGCCUAGGGAAAGUAGGCUUUCAUCCAGAGCCAGAGAUAGUGAGACCACAGAAGAAGCUCCUAUUCCUUUAGAAGACUUCCCAGGGAUAGCUUAG